AUGCAGGUGGCAGGAGAAAAGGAUCUAGAAGAGCUUGUGGAAAACUUUACACACAACAGCACUCGAAAAGGAGAUAAGAAGGAGGUGCUGGAAAAUGAUUUAUUAUCAUCAGAUGAACAAUGGAAGUUGUAACAUUGGAAGUUCCAUGAAAAGCACCAUGGCUGUGAAUCAAUGCCUAUGAAGAUGGUUCUUGUUCUCAUUGCAACAUUGGUUAUUGCCCCGAUUGUGCUUGUUCAGCAGAAACAAAGACACUGUCGAUUGUACAAGUUAGUCACACCACUGCAGAUGUGGGUUGCUCCUCUUUAUUUCCCUGUCAGACUUUGCUGGUGGAGAUCCCUGUCCAUGUGGGGAAUGCUCUCAGUUAUUACCAGUUACAUCACUUUCAGAGCAGCCUGCAAGUCUCUCUCAGGAAGAACACUGCGAUUGGUCUACAAAUGGUUCCUCCUGAUCUAUAAACUGAGUUGUGCAAUUGGAAUUGUGGGUUAUCUAGCCAUAAUGUUUACCAUGUUUGGAUUUAAUUUAUUCUUUAGAUAGUCUGACGACUCCAUGGAUUUUGCUGUGAUGCUGCUUUUUUACAGACUGUACUAUGGCGUGAUGGGAAGAGACUUUGCAGAGGUUUGUUCUGACUACAUGGCUUCCACCAUUUUUUACAACAUCAGUGGCAUACCAACAAGAAAUUUGUCCAAUGAUAUCUGCGCAGUCUGCGGGCAGAAAAUUUUUGUGGAUAUAAAUGAAGAAAAUACCUACCAGCUGUCCUCUAAUCAUGUGUUUCAUGAAUUUUGCAUCUGUGGUUGGUGCAUUGCUGGCAAGAAGCAGACUUGCCCGUACUGCCCUGAGAAAGUUGAUUUGAAGAGAAUUUUCCUCAACAACAGAUUAGGUGGGAACACACGCGUAUUGUAUGGACAACUUUUGGACUGGCUCUGCUAUCUGGUGGUUUGGCAACCGGUUGCUAUAGGCAUUGUCCAAGGCAUUAAUUACUCACUGGGUCUAGAAUAGGACUCAGAUUAUUAGUGAGAAUGCAAAGGGUUGGAUCUUUACCUGUCUAUAGUAAUAUGCAUAUUCUAUACUUAA